CACAACUCCGCGCCACGUCCAGAUCCGAGCGGAGGAACACAAUCACCAACAUGUGGAAACCCUCAGUAUUACUCGCUGCUGCGCUGGCGCUCCCGACACAAGCGCUCCACUUCUACCUGGACGGCGCGGUCCAGAAGUGCUUCUACGAGGAAUUGCCCAAGGACACUUUGGUUGUUGGCCACUACCACGCCGAAUCAUGGAGCGACCAGACCAAAUCCUUCCAGGACAGCAGUGAUGUCGGCGUCUUCGUCACCGUAGAAGAGACAUUCGACAACAACCACCGCAUCGUCGCCCAGCGAGGCAAGCAGUCCGGCCGCUUUACCUUCAGCGCCGCCGACUCAGGCCAGCACCGCAUCUGCGUCACCCCACAGAACGUCCCCUCGGGCGGCGGCUGGCUGGGCACAGGCGUGCACGGCACCGUCAAGUUCACGCUCGACAUGGCAAUUGGCGAGACCAGCAAGAUCGAGAGCACCGACAAGGACAAGGUGCAGACGCUCGUGCAGAAGGUGCAGGAUUUGAACUCGAGGCUGCAGGAUGUCAGGAGGGAACAGAUCUUCCAGCGCGAGCGCGAAGCAGAGUUCCGCGAUCAGUCCGAACACACCAAUUCGCGCGUCGUCAGGUGGACACUUAUCCAGCUCUUCGUUCUCGGUGUCACUUGCGUGUGGCAGCUUUCGCACUUGCGAGCCUUCUUCAUCAAGCAGAAGCUUACUUAGACUUUUGCGCGAUACAGAUUGGGUAGAAGAAGUGCGUGGAUCAAAAGGCUUGAGUGCAUUGGACUGUAGGAUAUGGCGUUAUAAGAUGGGCUGGCAGGCUUAGCGUUUGGUACUCGAAUCAAAGCGAUUUUGAAUGUGUCGA